CAGGAAGUUAUUUUCAAAAUCCUCUAAUUUAAAGUUUUAGGUGAAUUUUAUGUUAUGUGUGUAUGUAUCAUCCGGACAAACAGUACUAGUAAUUGUCGAUGAUAAGAAAAAAGAUCUUGUAGUACUGUAUGUGCGACUCCUAGUUAUAUAUCCUAGGCUGGAUCUUGUAGUACUGUAUGUGCGACUCCUAGUUACAUAUCCUAGGCUGGAUUAAUGGCAAUUUUAUCACACACCGAACUUCAGUAAAUCAAAUCAACCGGGGAUCUUGAUUCAAGACACCGACUCCCAAUCAAACUCCACAACUUUCAUAAUGACGUCAUCAGAUGAACCGCUGGACCCCUCCAAUCUGUUUAACGAAUACUUCACAGCCGCUGAACAUGCUACCGAGCGUGUGGCGACAUUAAUUAAUGAUGACUUUAAAUGCAACGAUCUGUUUUGUCAGAUGGACAUGUUGCGGACAUAUAAAGAUGAUCUUGUAUGGCAAGAAAUGGCAAGGUGGAUACGUUACGAAGAGGCAGUUGAAGAAGGUGGACACAGAUGGUCUAAGCCGCACGUGGCUUCUCUGAUGAUGGAAGCUUUACAAGAUCUACAGAAUAUUCUGUCAACGUGCCCUGUUAUCCUGGACAGUAAUGCUAGAACCAUGGGGGAAAUAGCAGAUGAAGUAACAGAGGCAUGGACAACUGAGAGACCAAUUAUGACUAUAUUGAAGGAACAGCUGACCACAGUCCUGUUGAAGCAGCAUAAAUUUCAACAUCAUCAUAAAAAGAAUGGUCUGACAAAGAAACACUCAUCAACAGUGAACAUGUACAAGACACAAGUAGAGGAGAAUUACGUGAAUGAGGGCUACGAGGGCAGUGUUGAUUCUUUGGAAAAGAGCAGUAGUCAAGACUUCCACUCACUGGCUCUAGGAGAGAUGAACAAGAGUUUUAUGAGACAUGUUCCAGCAGGAUCACAAGUUGUCAAUCUGCUUGUUGGCGAGAUGCACGACCUGGAUCAAAUCAUUGCAGCUUUCAUAAGAAUUAAGGAUCCCUGUAACCUCGGAUACAUCACUGAAGUUGAUCUGAACACCAAGUUUUUGUUUAUUGUGCUGUGUCCGAAGCAAUACCUUGGGCACUGUGCUGAGAUGUGCAGAUGUAUGGGCGCUAUGUUCACGGAUGAGAUAUUUCGAUGUGUAGCAUACAGAUGCAACGACAGGAUUGACCUGCUGUGUGGAAUACAGGAGUUUUCGCUACAUCUGACGGUGCUACCACCCGGUGCCUGGGAUCCUUUGACAAGAAUAGAGCCUCCUGAUGAACGACCACCACAGGAAUACAGAAAAACUCCCGGGCCUUUAACUUCCAGUAAAAGCAAGCCGUCUUUGGAAGACAUUGAUGAAAGGUCAGAACAUAGUGUGAAAGAAGAGGACAACCAUGUAGACCCUACACUCAUCCGGACAGGCAGAUUAUUUGGGGGUUUGUUACAAGACAUUAAAAGAAAGAUACCAUUUUACUUGAGUGAUUUUAAAGAUGCCCUCCACAUACAGUGUGUUGCUUCAUUUUUCUUCCUCUUUCUGGCGACCUUGACCCCGAAUGUGACAUUUGGUGGUCUUCUCGGACAUGCAACGGACAAUUAUAUGGGAACUAUGGAGUGUAUCCUGUCAGCAGCUAUUUCUGGCGUAUUGUUUGCUUUAUGCUCUGGACAGCCCUUGAACAUUCUGGGAAGCACUGGUCCUAUGCUUGUCUUGGAAGGAAUCCUAUACACGUUUUGCCACGAUCAAGGUUGGGAUUUUCUACCGUUUCGUGUUUGGGUUGGAUUCUGGACAGGGUUCUUUAUACUACUGAUAGUCGCCUUUGACCUUAGUGCUCUUGUUCGAUACAUAACACGGUUUACAGAAGAAAGCUUUGCAUGCCUGAUCGCCCUAAUAUUUAUUUACGAAGCUUUCAAGAAAACUUUUGAAAUUGAAAAAGACGCACCAGUACAUUUCAGUCCCCCAUCUAGAAACAUAGGAUGUCUCUGUGUAAUUGAUAAUUCUGUUCGGAACAAUUCUAAUCUCAGCAAUGAAACAACAAUUACCACACUAAUACCUACGAAUCUCAUGCACAAUAUGAGUGCGAAUCUCUCCACAUCGGGGAUUUCUACUACAACAAUGAAGCUGUCUACAUCGGGUUAUGAGGCUGAAUGUUUGCGUCUUGGAGGAGUCACUUCCGGUGAUUCAUGUGAGGACAAAUACGUACCGGAUGUUUUCUUCUUCUCGUUACUUCUAUUCUUGGGAACAUAUUUCCUUGCAACCGUGCUGGUUCAUUUCAGACAAAGCCUGUUCUUUCCAAUGUUUGUUCGACAAAAUGUGAGUGACUUUGCUGUCCUGAUCUCAAUAGUCGUCAUGGUUGUAAUUGAUGCUGUCUGCAAGUUGCCUACACCAAAACUACAUGUACCUGAAGAAUUCAAGCCAACAAAGCCUGGAAGAUCUUGGUUUAUCAACCCGAUAAGCGACAAAAACCCAUGGUGGGUGAUACUGGUUAGUGCACUUCCGGCAGUACUAACAACCAUUCUCAUAUUUAUGGACCAGCAAAUUACGGCUGUUAUUGUAAACAGAAAAGAAAACAAACUAAAGAAAGGUUCAGGAUAUCAUUUAGACAUGCUGAUUGUUGGAAUACUUGUUGUAGUCCUUGGGGUGUUAGGGUUACCAUGGUUCGUAGCCGCAACAGUCACUGCGCUUGCGCACAUCAUGAGCUUGAGGAAGGUAUCUGAAUGCACGGCUCCCGGUGAAAAAGCAGUCUUCCUCGGUGUACGGGAGCAAAGAGUAACAUCAUUACUUGUUGGUAUUUUUAGCGGUUUAGCCGUUCUAUUUACAUCUGUCUUGCGUCAUAUUCCAAUGCCAGUUCUAUACGGAGUAUUUUUAUACAUGGGAGUAGCACCUCUAUCCGGUAUGCAGCUGAUUCAGAGAAUACUCCUUAUCUUCAUGCCGGCUAAAUACCAGCCAGAUUAUUCCUAUAUCCGGAACGUGCCAAUCAAGCGCGUGCAUCUCUUCACGCUGAUCCAGAUCAUUUGUUUGGCCGUGCUUUGGGUUGUGAAAAGUGUCAAAGUCAUCUCGAUUGGGUUCCCGUUGAUGGUACUGAUAAUUUGCUUUCUACGUAAAGCAUUAGACAAGGUGUUUACGCAAAGAGAAUUAAGCUGGCUUGAUGACAUAUUACCGGCAACACAGGGCAACCAAACUUUACUGCAAAUCAAGAUCGAUGAUGAAACACCUAUAGCUCAGGAAUCCGAGAAGGAAAUUGAAAACCAGACAGUUGGCCGGGUGAGAAAAUUGUCCUCUGAAACCGGCAAGCGGCUUAGCAGAGAGACAUCAGCACGAAGAGGAAGUGCGACAUUCGUCUGCAAGACUGACAUUGAUCGAAUAAAAGCCAUGACACCGGAAGUUAUCACUCGCAGACGACAGUCUCUCGCAAUGGCGGCCAGACGUAAACAGUCAAUGGGUACAGUAGGGCUAGGAGUUGACAGUCGUAAAUUUUCGACACCUCUCAUGUUUGCACGUCAAAUGUCGGUUGAUCUUUCCUCUGGAUCAUUCAGAAAAUCUUCUGUGGAAGAAAGCCAACUUAGAUUAAACAGAAUGUUGUCAUUACCAGCAACGAUUACAGAUGUAAGUGAAAACGAAGAGGAAAUAGAAGAGACUGAAACAGAUAUUGCUCGUGAUUCUGAAAUAACGAAGUUUUAGAUUCAAUACAUUUUGUUUGCAGUUGUGGCGCAAUUUUAUUUCAAAUCAAGUUUUGAUUAAGUUGAUAAAGCCCCAUAUAUGUAGAAAGCAGACACGUAUGUUAUUACUUAAGAUGAAGAACUGCUUUUUCAUUUUGAUAUUACUAAAUUAUGAAAAGUGUAUGGCAUUGUGUCCCUGUUUGCAUCAAUGCAUUUGACUUUUAAUAUCUA